AUGGGGCUGCUGGCUCAAGCUAACGAAGACGUCCUCCUCUCCAUGCUGGAUGCUCGGCGAGUCAUGAACGGCAAGACAAUGCUCCGGCCAGGAUUGGAGGGGGGCGGCGAGAAGGGGGGCGGAGGCGAGCAGCUCGCGAGGAGUGAGGGCGUGGGAGAGAGCACGGGAAAGCUGCCGGAGGUGGACACCGGCGAGGAGGGACGCAUGGGGAAUGGUUGGUCGAUCGGUCCGUCUGAGCGGGGCGUUCCGCUCGGACUUGUGGCGCGUCUUGCGACGCGCGACGACCUCGACUCAGCUGUGCGCGAGAUGGAGCCGCCUCUUUUGCGACCCGACAUGCCGCGCUGCCACGCCAAGGACCUCCGAGUACCCCAGACUUUCAAAGAGGCAAGGCAGAGCGAGCACAGCGAGCAGUUCAUGGAUGCGGCCAAGCGUGAGCGAAUAGACAAUUGCAUCAAGUCGAAGUUGAUUUUUGAUUGGAAGGUAGAUGCGUUCGGCUUUCCUACGAAGGCCAAGGCUAGACUUGUUGCGAGAGGAGACAUGCAGAAGGAGUACAUUGACUUUGGUGAUUUGUAUGCACCUACCGUAGCUUCAUCUAGUGUUCGUAUGUUGGCAGCUUUGGCGUGUGAGCUUGACUUGGAGUUGUGUCACUUCGACAUCGACCAGGCUUUUGUGAGGGUCCCUCUCAAGGAAGAUAUCUUCAUGCGACUACCGGAAGGAUGUGUGGGGACGAAGGAGAGGUGUGAUCGAUUCGGCAAGGACCUGGGAGAGUACGUGCCAGUACAGUCUCUCGGGGAGUUGAAGUGGUUUGGGGUUUCAUGUUGCCUAAGGAGUUGCGGCCGUGCAGUCCACUGUAUGAAGAUAACGAAGGGGCGAUCUAUCCCGAUCGCGAAACACCCGAUCUCGAAUUCCAACUCGAAGCACAUCGACGUGCGGCAUCACUUCCUCAGGCAGCUCGUAGAUGAGAAGGAGGUAGAGAUCAUCCACGUAGCGUCGAAGUAUCAGCAUGCCGACUUCCUCACGAAGGCGCUACCUGAGAGAGAGUUUGCUUCCCACCGGGACUACGUGAUGAACUUCGAGUGA